GACACUAAAACGUCCCGACCUACAAAUCACCCGGCCAAAUUAUGAGUUCAUUGUAUUAUGCGAAUGCUUUAUUUUCCAAAUAUCAAGCCGCAAGUUCGGUUUUCCCAUCCGGAGUCUUUCCCGAACAAACUUCUUGUGCUUUUGCUUCCAACACCCAACGAACGGGUUAUGGGGCCGGAUCCACGUCUCCCUUCGCCGCUUCCAUGCCCGGGCUCUACUCCACCGGCAGCACCGUUCACCCCCAACCCCCCAACAUCUAUUCCUCCGGUUACAGCUUGGAACCCGGUUCUUUCAACAUGCACUGUUCCCCAUUUGAACAAAAUCUUUCCAUGAUGUGUCCGGGAGAUGCUUCCAAGCAAAAUUGCAACAAAACGGAGCAGAGAGACUCAGAUUUGCAAAGCGACAGUAAUUUCCGUAUCUACCCCUGGAUGAGGAGCACAG